AUGACUGAACUGAUCAAGCAUUUCACGCCGUUAUUAGAGCGUAAUCUUUGUAAUAUAGCAGAGAUUCCUGCAGAAUGGGAUAUAGAAUGGGAUAUACUGAAGAAUCCACCUUGUCAUUUGAUACACCUUAAUAGCAGUUAUCUGGAUGUCUGGUCUAGAGUAAGCACCUUAGAGGAAUUUCGGAAAGAGUGCGCAAAUGUGCAACAUAUUAUCGAGUUAUUGCUUAUAGCUCCAUUUUCCAACCCAAAGCUCGAACGAAUGUUUAGCACUAUGGCAGUGGUUUCAAAAACUUUCAUAGUAGACGUUUGCGUUGGGAAGAGUAGGAGUUGCAACCGCAGGCCGAACUUCGCAACUUGGGGGAUCUGACGGCAUGCUUCCAGAAAAUUUUGAACUUCUAAACUCUAGAAGAUGCACUUUCCAGCAUUUAUUCUUGAGACACAAAAAAAUCUUAUGUUAAAUAUCUAAAACACUGUUAAAUUUAUGUUCUUAUAAUUAAUGCCUAUAACAACAACGUCCACUAACGAUAUAGUGACCACAUCUCCGCUAGCUUUCGUUGUCGUUUUUGUUCUUGAAGACGAAUGUGACAUCUUACAUAUAAAGUACAAUCUGUUAGAAACCGCUACCAAAAAAACCUCUGAACCUGUCCUCAACGCGCAAGAAACGUACCAAAGCUUCUAAUCUGUGACUUGUGGCUAUGUUUGGACGAAAUUCCAGGGGAAAUACACGCCUGUUUGCUCACAAAACGUUUGGUAAACACUUUAAUAUUUCAACAGAAUUCAUAGUUACUUACAAAAGAUAAAUAGCCGUCGCAAAUGGAAGAGGUGUAGUCGGAUGCGACGGCUUACAGGUAUUUUGAAACCACUGUAUGGGAAGAGAAAAGACAUGCAGAUUGGCGUAAUCGACUUGGUAGAGAUCGACUGGAAGUGAAUCUCAGAAUCAGCCAGGAAUGUGUUGGUAACUCGAUCGAUGAUUUCUACCCAGACGCAGCGAUCGAAUCAUGGUUCAAUGCCAAAAUUCGACGACUGAAUUGUUCUAACCAUAACUUUCCAAAAAAACACAACACCUCCUCGAAAGGAGAUGUGAUUGACAUCACCAAACUGACUAUGUCUGAUUUAGAAAACGUUCAUCUAGACUCUGACGAUGAAAUUGAUUUCUGA